AAUCACAGAACCACAGGGGUUGGGAGGGACCUCAGGAGAUCACUGAGCCCAACCUUUUCUAAAGCAGUUCCCUGUAAUGGUCUCAGAGGUGGAUGUCCUCACAGGAGACUCCACCACCUCUCUGUGCAGCCUGUGCCACUGCUCCGUCACCCCGAUGGAAAGCAGUUCUUCUGCAUCUUAGCACAGAACUUCCUAUGUUCCAGUUUGUUGCUCCUUGUCUUCUGGCUGCACAGCACCGAGAGGAGCCUGGCCUCAUCCGUGUGCCUCCACCUCCCUUUAGAGGUUUGUGAACAUUGAUCAGAUCCCCUCUCAGCCCUCUUUUCCUCAGGCUGAGCAGCCCCAGGUCUCUUAGCCUUUCGUGUGGACAGGGUCAGCACAGCUCCACAGAGCAGUCAGCAAAACCUUUGGGUCAGGGUGACGGAAAUCAGAUGUAUGAAAGAAAGUCAGGAGUCCCAGGCCAGUGGAGAACCUGACAGCUCCAUUUGGUUGUGGCUCUACAAACACAGCAUGGUGAGCCUCCUUCAGCUGGAACCUGGGGUAUUCUGGUACUGGUUAUUGCUAAGCAAAGCACUCCAAAAAGGCAGAGGAAGAGACAGGAUGGAAAAAAGAGUAAUAAUAAUCCCUUUUAGCUGGUGCAAAGUGAUGGCACAUCCCUGGCAGCUGGCAGAGAGCAGGCCUUGUGGCCAUAGCAUCUGGAGAAGGAUGUGGCGUUGUGCAGGAAGCAGGGAAGGGAGCAGGAGUGCAAAUGGGAAGAAAAGAGAUGUGCCGGGUGUUUGAGACAGCAGGUUUGAUGGGCAGGAGGACCCAGGAUGUGUGAGUUAGUCUGGAUGCAAACUGGCCACGGUUUUCUUGGUGUGACUCCUGCAAUCAGAUCGCCAGCACCAAACAGCAUCUUCCUGGACGGUGAAAUCCCACUGUCUGCAAAGUAUCGGCAUGGGAAGCCUUUGGUCACUGCAGAGAUAGGACCACAGCCAUCCGAGCAGUUAAACCCAUACUCUGUAGUCGUUUUUUUACCCUCUCCACUUCUUCCUGCUGCUUUUUUCUGCCUGCAGACCAACACAGCUGCCCCAUGGCCAGGGGGAACCAGACUCAGGUGACAGAGAUCCUUCUGCUGGGCUUUUCCCAUGGCCGGCCCUUCCUCUUCCUCCUUUUCCUGGCCACAUACCUGGUCACGCUGCUGGGGAACUCUGCAAUACUCGCCCUCGUGCUCCUGGACCCCCAUCUCCACAACCCCAUGUAUUUCUUCCUCAGCCACCUCUCCUGGUUGGACAUCUGCUACUCCACAGCGACGGUGCCCAAGGUCCUGGCCAACAGCCUUCGCCCGCGGGCCGCCAUCUCCUACCGCGGCUGCCUGGCUCAGACCUUCUUCCUGAUGAGCUGCACGGGUGCCGAGUGCGCAUUGCUGGCCGUCAUGGCUUACGACCGCUACGCAGCCAUCGUGCACCCCCUGCACUACGCGCACACCAUGCCGAGGGCUGCGUGCCGGGCCAUGGCUGCGGGCUGCUGGCUGUGGGGAGCGCUGGACUCGGCGGUGCACACGCUGCUGGCCUCCCGGCUGUCCUUCUGCAGAGCCGUUCACCUGCAGCACCUCUUCUGCGACGUCCCCCCGCUGCUCAGGGCCGCCUGCAGCAACACACGGCCCAGCGAGGCGGCUCUGCACGCCGCCAGCGUCUUCGUGGGCUUCGGCCCCUUCCUUCUGGUGCUCGGCUCCUACCUGCGCAUCCUGGUGGCUGUGCUGGCCGUGCCCACAGCCGCUGGCCGACACAAGGCUUUCUCCACCUGCUCUGCCCACCUGCUGGUGGUCACGCUCUACUUUGUGACGGCCAUCCUCAACUACAACUGGCUCGGCACCGACGGCUCGCCGCUGGCCGGCGCCGUGGUGUCGGCGUUGUUCUGCAUCGUCACCCCUGCGCUGAACCCCCUCAUCUACAGCCUCCGCAACCAGGAGGUGCGGGCUGCCCUCAGGAGGGUCCUGCGCUGGCGGUGCGGCUCCCAGGGCUGUGGGACUGAUGUGGGGCUGCGUCCACAGGGAGGGGGAAUCACGGGGCCAUAG